UUUCAGAGAUAUACCUUUCGUUUUCAUUGAAGUAGUUUGUUUCAUGGACGACCUUUCUCUCAGUGCAGUGAGCUGAGCGCGAGGAGAAUAAUGUGCUCUUGUGUUUCAGGACGGGUCAAAUCAAUCUUUGUAUGACAUGAGUGGGUUCUAUGACUUGAACGUACCGUUCGUGGAGCGCGGCGACACUAACGAUGUCCUCAAGAAAUUAGCUUCUGUGGGCUACAAAACAGUGGCUGUGAAUCAUGUAGUGGAGCUUGGUAAAGGUUGCAAAGCUAUUGAAAGUCGAGAAGGCCUAUUCUCUACUGAUGAAUCUUAUCAUGUUCCAGGCCAUCGUUUCCCGUUGCGUGUUAUCAAUCGCUUGACGUUGUCACUGACGGAAUACUCUCUUUUGCACCUUCUGUCUAAUGAGGUAGUGCAGCAGUAUGAUGUUCUGGCAAUGGCACCGACAUCGGAUAAGCAAUUCCAGAAAAUAUGUACGGAAGUCGAGGUUGACAUUAUCCAGUUGGACUUCAGCAAUCGGCUGCCGUUUGUACUGCGCUUACCUCCAGUCCGCGCUGCAAUUGACAGGGGUGUUCACUUUGAAAUCAUUUACUCGGCGGCUUUGAAUGAUAGCUUAGCACGCUGCAAUGUCAUCGCCAAUGCCAAGCAACUGGUUCGAGUAACACGUGGCAAGAAUGUGAUUGUGAGCAGUGGAGCACUUUCGGCGAUGCAAGUCCGUGCUCCCUAUGACGUCGUCAACUUGGGACUAUUGUUUGACUGGAGUAGUGAUCAAUCCAAGGCGGCUGUCAGUAAGCAUGGAAGAUCAGUGCUGUGCCAUGCAGAUGCUCGUCGUGGCCAGGGCAAGGCUGCAGUCAAGGUGAAAAGAGCAUGUAACUUAGCAGUAGGGCAACACUGGCAGGUCAAAAGCGUAGUAGAUUGCCGUCGGCGACAGACCUACAGCACUAGCAGUCAGGAGGACAGUCAAGAGGAUGAUUACGAUGAUGAAGAUACGCAGGACAGUGAAGCAAGCGAGGAUGAUGGUGAUGAAGCAAGCGGAAAGACUGGCGCUGAGGAAACUGAUGGGCAGGGUGAACCCGCGGCAAAGAGAAUGUGCCCAGGGCUGGCAAAGGACACAUCCGUGAUGCUAAGCUGAAGUGGCAACCACCAGUAGACACACAACACAACAAAACCAAGUCAGGGUCUAUUUCACUUUUCCACACCGAAGACAACAAUGAACCAAGCGCACACACACACACACACACACACGCGCGCGCGCGCGCGCGCGCGCAUACCAAUAAUGAUCAGAAAAUAAGAAGAAUAGUUACAGACUCAUAAAAACCCAAGCGUGGCCAGCACAUCUAAAAACUAAUAACAAUGUACGUCACGACAUAGAAAAAUAAUGCAACACGCAAUCAGCCAUGCUGGAUACUUCACAUAGUUUAAAAAAGGGUUGAGUUGAGCAUCGACUGAGUUCAUGACUAUUUCAAUGACUUCACAUGAUAAUCUGUAGAAAGAAAUGUGCAAUUUUAUGAUCAUGCCACAUCUUACUUAGCCUUGACGGAUUGCAUCACAGAUUUUUUUUAAUGAACUGUUUUCUUGAUAAGUUCUACUAUACUUCCUAAUAAUGAUGACGAUGCAAUAAUGAUGAUGCAGGAGCAAGC